AUGGUGUCCUUCCUCAACCUCCUCUCUCUCGCACCCGCGGUAGUUUCAGCCAUUUCCGUCGGCAAGCCAGGAGGCUCUUUCGGCAUCGACAUCGCCGCGAGAGACUCAGCAUGCCGCUGCUUCCCUGGUGAUGCCUGUUGGCCUAAGACAGCCGAUUGGGAUGCCUUCAACAAGACCGUUGGCGGACGCCUCAUCGCUACUGUCCCCAUUGGAGCCGUAUGCCAUGACAGCUCCUUUGGCUCAUACGACGCCAACAAGUGCGCCGCGCUUCGUUCCUCUUGGGCCAGCUCUGAGACUCACAUUCAGACUUCCUCGUCUGUUAUGGCUGCGUUUUUCGCCAACCAGAGCUGCGACCCCUUCCUCCAGCCCACAGACCGCUGCGUCGUUGGCACCUACGUCCAGUACGCCGUGAAGGCGACGAGUGCUGCCGACUACAGCGCCACCAUCAAGUUCGCCCAGAAGAACAACAUCCGCCUCGUAAUUCGCAACACUGGACACGACUACCUUGGCAAGUCCACCGGCGCGGGUGCUCUAGCCCUGUGGACUCACCAUCUCAAGGAUAUCAAGGUGCUCGACUACAAGUCUGCCGGUUACACCGGCAAGGCUCUCAAAGUUGGCGCCGGCGUGCAAGCCGGCGAGGCUCAAGACGCGGCUCACGCUCAGGGGCUUGUUAUCGUAGGCGGCAACAGCCCGACCGUUGGUCUCGCAGGCGGCUACACCCAAGGUGGUGGUCAUGGACCUCUCGUAUCCAAGUACGGCUUGGGUGCUGAUCAGGUUCUGGAGUGGGAGGUUGUCACUUCCAGCGGCCUGACCAUCACUGCGACCCCGACCAAGUACGCUGACCUCUACUGGGCUCUGUCUGGUGGAGGUGGUGGAACCUACGCCGCUGUUCUGUCCAUGACUGUCAAGGCUUAUCCUGACAUGAUCGUCUCGUCUGCCAACCUGACAUUCACAAACACUGGCGUCACUGAUGAAGUUUUCUACGGUGCCGUGAAGAGCUAUCUUAAGACUCUGCCCAGCAUCGUCGAUGCUGGAGCCGUCAGCAUUUGGCUGCUCACUCCUGGCAUGUUUCUCAUGCAGCCGACGACUGCCCCAGGUCUCAAGAAGGAGGAGCUUCAGGCCCUCCUCCAGCCGACCCUCGACGCCCUUGAUGCUGCUGGCAUCACGUAUGGAUAUAUACUAACUGAAACAGACUACCAUAUUAACCAGUACAGCACGUACCUGGACAGCUACAACGACAUGAACCCCGAGCCCGCUGUCACCGAGUUCAACGUCGGUGGUCGUCUGAUGCCCCGGUCUCUCGUUGCUACGGACGCCUCCGCCACAACCCUUGUCGAUACUCUGGCCUCCAUCAUCAAGAACGGCGGCAUCAUCUCCGGUCUCACCAUCAACGUUGCUCGCAAAACCGGCGCUGUGCCCAACGCUGUUCACCCUGCUUGGCGCACGGCUCUCUUUUCCGCCGUCGUCGGAACGCCUUAUGACCGCGCAGACUUCUCUACUCUCGUGAGCGGUCAGAAGACUGUCACUGACACACUGAUUCCUGCGCUGACUGCCCUCACCCCUGGCGGUGGUGCUUACUUGAAUGAAGCCGACCGCAACCAAGCGGACUGGCAGACGGUCUUUUACGGCAGCAACUACGCCAAGCUCAAGACCAUUAAGAAGAUCUACGAUCCUCUCGAUACUUUUUACGCUCUGACGGGUGUGGGAAGUGAUGGCUGGAAGGUGCAGGGUGAUGGCCGUCUGUGCAAGGCUGCUUAA